AUGUUAACAGCUCACGGUGAGUGGACAUCGUGUCGUUGGACGCUUAUCUUGAUACGGCGCCACGUGAACGUGCACUAUUUAGAAAAUGUAAACACGCCGCUAAUUCGAUUUGAUAUAUUACUGUAUCGGUCACGAGCGCGAGCCGUCUACUUGUCCCCGCUAGUGUUCGUAUCUGACGGCUGCGGCAGGUUUGUCUGGCGACAGCUUGAUAACGUGACCUUGAAGCGGUGCGAAUGCCGGCCGGCACUGGAGCCGCUCAAGUCCACGGAAAAUAUUCAGGCAAACAACGAUAGAGCCGUUCUCUUACGUACGCGAUGA